AGUGCACCAACAGGAAGCAACAAGACUACAUGCAUGGCAAGAGGAAGUGUUGGUCUAUGUGACAGCAUCAGAGCAGCUCACCCCAUCAUCCUGAGGCUCAACAUAGAGCUCAUCACCGACCCUGGACAGAGAAUGGAUGGCUUUGGCCAGCACUGAACGUUUGUACGACCUGAGGAACGCUCCUGUGCACCGUCUGUUCUCCCUUCACCGGUGAUAAGUGAGAGGUGUGACUAAAACAACCUCCCCGUACUGAAACCACUGACAUUUGGGGAAAGAGAGAAGACACGAGCGGGCAAGAGUCAGACUGCUGCUGAGACUUUUGAGGAUUAUGGAAGAGUGGAGGCUGAAUGACAGAGAAACAUCCAUGAGAAGAGGCAGCGAUCAAAGAGAAAGAGGAGAAUUUCUAUCCAAGCCGAGGAACUAAACUUCAAGAGAUGGACCUGCGUUAAAACCCGUGUAGAGAAACUGUGACGAGGAUAAUGAAUGCAGAUUGGAAUAAUGAAAAAGAAGGAAACAGCCACCACAGAUGUCUAAAGAACAACAAUUGGACAAAGCGGUGACGUGAUUCACAGCCGGCUGAUUUCUUCUGUCAUGGUCUUCAAUUUCUUUUGAAAGUAACACAUUACAUAAGACUGUGUGGAAUCCCUCCCUGUUCGGCAGACUGUAUUCUAGUAUUUUCGUGCAAUCAGUUGUUGUCAUGCUUUUCUGUGAGUUCUGGCGUUGAUACAGUUCGGUUCCUAGAUGUCUCAGUCACGUAACCCAACAGAUAGUCAGGCCCUGCUGCAGUCCAUGCUGCAGAGACUGAAGCUCCAGCCGGGUAGAGAGGGCCAGGCAUACCUGCACACACCUGUUCCCAGCACACCUGCUCCUACAGGGGAGCAAGAUGGAGAGAGAGGAGCCUCCAGCCUUCAGAAUGUAAACAACGGUCCUGUAAAUGGCUUUGGAUCUCAUGCUGUCACCGCCUCUGCUGCGGACAGUAACUCUGCCCUCAAAGGUGAGGAAAUACAACAAUCAGGUCCUGGCGGUGAAGUGAACAGGGGUCAUCUUUCCUCCCCCACCCAGAGAGACGACACUGGUGGUGACAUGGGUGAGAACAAGGUGGUGGGACAGUCCACACGGCCUGGGGUCACCCUGACUGGAAAAGAGCAGCUGUUUCCUGCUAAAUCACUCAAGGAUGCUGAUAUCACUUCCUUUGAGAGGUCCGAUGGGGAGAGGGUGAGUUUUGGCAGCGCUGCAGUGACAACGCACAGAGAUGCCAUGGCACAGAAUCAGGACCAGAACGCGAGGGGUUUUAUACCUAAAUCCUAUGUGUGGUCCAUGAAGACCUCAGAAUCGAGUCUUGACACAGGAAGUCAAGGGGACAAAGUGUUUCAUAUUGGGAACGGAGGAUUUGGAGGUUUGGCACAAAGUAAAGACAUGCAGAUUGUCCCAGCAAACAGCAGCUUUAGAAGAAAACAGCGAUCAUCAGAGAAUAAAACAAGAAGAUGGACUCAGAAGAUCAAGGAGAAGUGGAGGGAGAGGCCAGGGAGUUUUGGUAAAAAGGGAAAAGAGGAGCAAAGAGAAGAGCAAGCAAAUAAAAUUUCACCUCAAAACCAGCCGUCACCAGCAGAAUCUCUCAUCAACACAGCGAUCAAGGAGGAGGAAAGGAACCUCCCUUCACCAGACCACAGUGAUCUUGGUAAAACCUCCCUGACACACACAGAUGACGGCACCAGUGAAGGGUAUACGAGGUCUGCUGCUGACUUUGAGUUCGGCCUGGGCUCCUUUAGCUUGCUGGAUGAGAUCGUCACGGGUCAAGAGUGGGCCAAGUUCCUCAACCCGAACCUCUCAGCCGCCUCAGCUGUUCAGAGACCAUCAGAAGAACCAAAAAUCCAACCAAAUCCUUAUGACAGCAGCCAAACAUCUGUGAUCAUGAACCACCAGGGAGGUGUGGACAAACAGUGGAGCUUCAGAGGCGCUGAGGCAUCUCCAGAUACAGAUUUCAGCAGGGCACAAAUAUCGCCUGAUGCUUUCCAACCUGUCAGCAUGGACGUUUCAGAAGGAAAACAACAGCAGGAUGCUCACAGAGAGGCCGACCAAUCAGAACCAAUGGAGCACGGACACGCCCAAUCAGAUGUGCAGCCUGGAGUCAAUGGACCAGGACAACAACUUACACCUCGACCCUUUACACGGCCUGCAGAUAUUCUGAACAGCUCAGCGCUGAGGAGCAGAGGCCACCUCAACAGAAAGAGACAGCAUCAGUCAGCUGAGAGGCCUCAAACCAGCCAAAUCAGUGAAGCAGAAGAGGCAAACAAAGAGGGGUCCAGAUCUCCACUGAGCCUAACAAGCAGCCCCGUGAUGGAGACGACAGGAGACUCACAACAUGACAGCGUCAUGGCUUUGUACGCCCUCAAAUCCCCUCCUACACCUCUUUCUCCAUCCUCUUUUAGCCCUUUUUCUCCCAUACCCAAGGGCGUCCUCAAACAUUCCAUGUCCCAGGAUUCAGAGUCUUCGAUGGAAGUAUUGACGAAAAGGAGGCGAGUUGAAGAGAACCGGCGGGUUCAUUUCUCAGAGCAGGUGAUGACCAUAGAGCCUCCACGGAUGGAUCAGGAUGCUACAGAUUCGGAGGAGGACUCAGCAUCAGCAGCAGACGAGGACUCUUUGAUAGAUCAGGAGUUGGAGUUUGUGUCGGAGCGGGCGGCGAUGGAGGAGUUGGCGCGUGCACGCCGGCCUGUUCUCCCUGCCUGGAUACGUGCUCUGAAGAGGAAGAACACGGGGAGGAAGCCCAAAUAGUGACACUGCAAAAGAAGGAGAGCACUUGCUCACACAGAUUUGUUUUUGGAAACCCUGAAACAUGUUAAUUGCAUCGUGAUCUCACCUCUCUGGGAUUAUUCUAACACUCGUCUUGUUAAGGACGUGAUUUUAAGACUUAAACGACGACAAAAUGCUGAAUUAAGAUGAGUGAACGUUCAGCAGAGAGCACAGAAAGUUUUCUGACUGGAUUUCUGUCUGGACUAUGUGUGCUCCACGUCCGUCUCCAGACCACUGUCAUGCUUUUAUUUUGAAGCCUCUGCAACUACAACCAUCUACUCACCGGCAACACUGCUUUGCUUAGCAGCACUUCAGCAGCAGUUCUUGAAGGGAAAGCUGUCACAUCAGACUUCUCCAGCUCCAGUAACAAAUCGACCUUUUCCUCACCUCUCUGUCCAUCCGUCCUGGCUAGUUUGCUGCCAGUGUGGCAUCAGCUGCUCGAGCGUUUAGCCAAUUUGAUUACGGGAGUAAAAAUUCGUCCACCGGCCUUUACAGCUUUUAUCCGAAAUAGUGCAUCUUCCUCCUAGUCGACUCUCUGGUCUGGUGUCUGUAUCACUCUGUCUCUUGGUAAUGGCCCCUGUCCGGCCGUCCUGGAAAUUAACCCCAGAGGAGGAAAGAGAUACAAAUUUAGAGCUGAAGCAGUGGCGGUUGCAGACCAUCAGUGGUUUCUGUUCAUCCGCAGCUCUCCAUUCAACUCUUGAAAUGUUGAAAACCUAUUUUGAAUCCAUUAGUUUGUUGUAGAGGAGUGCCUGAGCACUGAGUUUAUACCCCAAAGUUCAUCUAAUAGGAUAGUAUACCUAUAGCUACAGCAACAUUAAAGGAACAGUUCAACAGUUUGUGAAACAUGCUUAUCCACUCUUUUUGUGUGAGCUGGAUGAGAAGACUGGUACCACUCAUGAAUAUUUAUUCCCUGUAUUGUUUUUACCCUUUGGUUUUGUAUCAGUUAAACAAAUGAGAUAUGUUUAUGUUUAAUUUAUGUUUUGUUUCCCCAUUAGAAGCACAUAGAUAUGCCUUUAGUCUUCCUGGGGCCCUGCAAACAGCCAAACUUAAGAAUGACGCAGCCGAAAUCUAAAUCAGAAAAACUUAAAUUUGGCCCUGGUCCAAAUUUAAUAGGAACUCUGUUAAACACAUGAGACUAAGAUUAAAUAUUUCUGUGAGAAAUAAUUUAAGAAUAACGUAAUUUUUAGUUCACACUAACAUUUUUUCUCUUGUUUCAUCACUUCUGAUUACUUUAUCAUGGAUUUCAAUGACAUAUUCAGUUUCCAUGUAAUUCUACUUCAGAAAUUUCUACGUAAAGUAUCUAAAGCAUCCGUCAUGUUGAGUCGAUGAGAAUAACUUAAAAAACCUCAUCUUACAUAAAAGCAAUCCACACGUGUUUCUAAUUUUACUCAUUACAUUAAUUGGUGCACUUCAAAUCUGCUUGUAGAUGAAUUUUAUUCCCUUUGGAUAGAACCAGGCUAGUAGUUUCCCUCUGUUUCCAGUCUUUGUGCUAAGCUAAGCUAACAGGCCACAAGCAGUACCGUAUAGAGUCAUAUUCACAGCUCAGAUACGAGAGCGAGUGGUAUCCUUCUUCUCGUCUGUCAUAAAGUUACCAUCAGAACUUCUUGAUAUCCAGAAAAAAACACCCACAUUUUGUCCACAUUGCAGGCUUCCAAACUAAAUCAUGUUUCAUGUUUUUUGGCGAGGGCAGAGAAAACUGACACUUUCAGCAACAAAUCUGAAAAUGGCCUUUUAGUGUGAAACAAUCAACUGUAGGAACAAGAAGGAACAUAUGUCUGACUGGAGAAACACACAUCCUCCAGCCUCAUUAUCCCCAACCACAUAUAUUUAUUAUUCUUAAUGAGGAAUAAAUGAUUAUAAUCAGCUUCUUUAUGUCUCACACACAUCCAGUCGUGCUUUGCCUUCAGACGUUGACCAGAAAACUUGGAGGAACAACAAAAUGACCAGCAAGAGAUCUUUAGAGUACUUUAUAGCAGCGCGUAUCGUAUGCUGUCGUUUCCUCUUACAUGCGCUGUAUGGAUUUGUGUGAUUAUAUUAGUACAUCAAACUUGGUGACUAAAUGCUGUCAGUUCCUCUGUGGCCUCCCCUUCAGCAGCUAUCUUCUCUCAUAAAUCACUGUUGGAGCCAUUAAGAGGCUCUUUAGCUCAUCUAUUAGUGCCCAGGUCACAGCUGGAGCGAGGCGAGAGGGGGGACGGAGAGAGAGAUAAACUAUACUGUAAACUGUACGAUCUGUGUGUUUGUGACAGAGAGAAAUUACAUAAAUGCCUGACAUGAAAAUGUGGGAGGAAAACCUGAGAAAACAAACGGGUAUUUUUGGAUUCUGUUUGGACUGACGAGAAUAAAAAGAAGAGGACCCACAUUAGUCCAUUAGUCUGCACUGGGCGCCAUUACCCAGAAGUGGACUAAUAAUGCCCCAUUUGUAAACCUCAAACCACACACACACACACACACACACACACACGUCAGUAUUAACCCUGUCUCUACACAGUUAGACGACUCUUGCUGUGCUUUUAUUUGUGAAGAACAAGAAAAAGAGAAAUGCUCCAAGGUUUAUUACGCAAACAACUUUAUUUUCAGCACCUGAACAUGUUUUUUUUUUUUUUUUUUCAAAUUCCAGUUGGUUCAAGCGAAGCUAACUGGAAAUAAGGGCCGGGGGCGUUGUUCAGCUUUAAUAUUUUUGGCUGACAUACGGGAGGUUGCUUUUUUUAUUGGCGUCAAGACGACGUUAAAUGUCUCGUUAAAUUGUAACUGCUGACAAUAAAAUAACAUUUUUCGCUGC